UCACUGUCUAUUAACAAUGGCAGAAGCUCUUCUCAAUGUCAUCUUUGACAAGCUAACCGAUGAAGCCUUCAAUAAAUUUGCUCGCUCUCAGGAGAUUGAUUCUAAGCUCAAUGACCUGAAGAUCACACUGACCCAAAUUAAAGCUCUGCUUAAUGAUGCUUCUCACAAGGAAAUAACCAAUGAAUCUGUGAGACUAUGGCUGAAUAGUCUCCAACAUUUGGCUUACGAUAUCGAUGACGUCCUUGACGAUGUGGCUACCGAAGCUAUACAUCGUGAGCUGACACAGGAAUCGGGAUCAGUCAUCAGCAAGGUAAGAAAGCUCAUGGUCCCAAGUUUCUUCACAAAAUUCUCACUAAGUCAUAGGUUGUCUCCCAAGUUAGAUAGUAUUACCACCCAGUUACAACAACUAGAAAAACGAAAGUCUGAUCUGGGUUUGAUUGUGAGAGAUGAUAAGCCAAAAAGUAGUAGUAGGCGAAACGAAACCUCUUUGCUAGAAUCUGAUGUUGUUGGGCGAGAAGGUGAGAAAGAGAAGUUGAUCAACAAGUUGUUGCAGGAUGAACCAUCUAAACAAAACUUUGUUAUUGUGCCCAUCGUUGGUAUGGGUGGGGUGGGGAAAACCACUCUGGCAAGAAUAUUGUAUAACGAUACACGGGUGAAAGGUCACUUUGAACUCAUGAUAUGGGUUUGUGUUUCCGACGUGUUUGAUAUAUUUAAAAUAAGUGAAACCAUCUUCCAAUCAGUGGCUACAGAAAACAAGCAGUUUAAAGACAUAAAUCUGCUUCAAACUGCUCUGAGAGAGCAACUUAAGGACAAAAGAUUUCUUCUAGUACUUGAUGAUGUUUGGAAUGAAAACUAUGACGACUGGGAAAACCUAGUGCGUCCAUUUCAUUCUGGGGCUACUGGAAGUAGGGUAAUCAUGACAACUCGCAAGCAUCAACUGCUUAAAAAGAUAGGUUUUAAUCAUUUAGACCAUCUUGAGAGUUUGUCACAUGAAGACGCUUUGUCUUUAUUAGCUCUACAUGCAUUGGAUGUAGAUAACUUUGACUCACAUACAACACUUAAACCACAAGCUGAAGGUAUUGUAAAAAAAUGUGGUGGUUUGCCUUUAGCUUUAAAGGCAAUUGGAAGGUUACUGAGGGCAAAAACCGAAGGAGAAGAAUGGAAUGACGUGUUAAACAAUGAGAUAUGGAAUUUAGAAAAUGCUGAUGAAAUUGUUCCUGCCCUAAGGCUCAGCUACCAUGAUCUUUCUGCUGAUUUGAAGCGCUUGUUUGCAUACUGCUCUUUGUUCCCAAAGGACUUUUUGUUUGACAAGGAGGAGUUGAUAUUAUUAUGGAUAGCUGAAGGGUAUCUGAACGAGUCAACUGCAAACAAGUCACCAGAACGCUUGGGCCAUGAAUAUUUUGAGAAAUUGCUAUCAAGGUCCUUUUUUCAACCUGCACCUAAUGGUGAAUCGUUUUUUGUGAUGCAUGAUCUCAUGAACGAUUUGGCUGCAUUUGUUGCUAGAGAAUAUUUUUUAAGGUUUGAAAAUCAGACGGAGAUGGCAGUGGAAGCUUUAGCCAAGUACCGACAUAUGUCAUUUAUGCGUGAGGACUAUGUAGGUUUCCAGAAGUUUGAGGCAUUUCAAAGAGCAAGAAGUUUGAGAACACUGUUAGCUGUAUAUGUUGGGGUAGAACAAAGCUGGAACACGUUUUACAUAUCCAAUAAAAUUUUGGUUGACUUACUUCCUCAGCUAAAACUGUUACGGGUUCUUUCUUUGAGCCGUUUUGACAUAAGUGAGGUACCGGAUUCCAUCUGUCAUUUGGACCACUUGAGGUAUCUUAAUUUGUCUCGAACAAAUAUCUCAAAGUUACCAGAGAAUGUUGGUAAUCUUUACAAUUUACAAACAUUGAUCGUUUUUGGUUGUAAGAGCUUGAGUACAUUGCCUAAAAGCUUCCUAAAGCUCAAAAAGUUGAGGCAUUUUGACAUCAGGGAUACUCCACUUUUAGAGAAGCUACCCUUGGGGAUUGGUGAGUUAAGAAACCUUCAAACUCUCACCAAGAUUAUCAUUGGAGGCGAUGGUGAAUUUGCAAUAACCGAGCUUAAGGGAUUAAAGGAUCUCCAUGGGGACAUUUCCAUAGAGGGGUUGAACAAAGUACAAAGCUCAAUGCAUGCACGAGAGGCGAACUUAUCUUUAAAAGGGAUUAAUAAGUUAGAGUUGAAAUGGGAUGAUGUUUCAGGAAGGGAAACACUUGAGAAGGAGAUUCUCAAUGAGUUAAAGCCCCAUAGUGAUAAGUUGAAAAUGCUUGAGGUUAAGUAUUAUAAGGGAAUAGAGUUUCCAAAUUGGGUUGGGGAUCCGUCUUUUCAUCAAUUGGUUCAGGUGUCGCUACAUGGUUGUAGAAAAUGUACAUCUCUACCGCUGCUUGGGCGGUUACCUUCACUUAAGGAGUUGUUGAUUCAAGGAAUGGAUGAUGUUAAAGUCAUCAGUUUGGAGUUAAGUAGGAGUACGGAUGUUACCUUCCCUUCACUUGAAAUUCUAAGGUUUGAAGAUAUGUCUAGUUGGGAGGUAUGGUCAACCAAUAGCGAAGUAAUGUUUCCACGCCUUCGAGAGCUUCAAAUAAUCAAAUGUCCCGAUUUGAUUGAUGUCUCACUUGAAGCAUUACCUUCACUAAGAGUUUUGAGGAUAGAGGGAUGUGGUGAAAGUGUGCUGAGAAGUCUGGUUCAAGCAGCUUCAUCAACCACUAAAUUGGAAAUAAGAUCAAUUUUUGGGCUUACGGAUGAGGUGUGGAGAGGUGUCAUCGUGAAUUUUGGGGCGGUUGAAGAGCUAUGCAUACGAGAUUGUGAUGAGAUAAGAUACCUAUGGGAAUCAGAUGUAGAGGCAAGUAAAGUUCUUGUAAAUUUAAAGGAAUUGAAGGUAUGGAGAUGUAAAAAAUUGGUGAGUUUAGGAGAGAAAGAGGAGGAUGAGGAUAACACUGGGAGCGACCUCUUAUCAUCUCUUAAGAAGUUGGAUAUAAAGUUCUGUGAAAGUAUGGAGCGUUUGUGUUGUCCAAAUAGCAUUGAGAGUUUAUAUAUCUAUCAGUGUAAUUCAGUUAGAGAUGUCUCCUUCCCAAGAGCAACAACAACAGGUGGAGGAGGGCAGAAUCUCAAGUCACUUACUAUAGAUAUACGUUGUUGUGGAAAUCUGAAAUCAAUAAAUCAAUUGAGUAACUCCACUCCCCUCACCUCUUUGACAAUAAGAGAAUGUAAAAACAUGGAGUUAUCUUCUGAUCUUCAUCAGCUAUCAAAUCUCACCAGGUUGACAAUAGAUGGUUGUAAAAGCAUAGAGUCAUUUUCUGACCUUGAGCUAUCAAACCUCACCAGGUUGGAAAUAGCAGUUUGUGAAAGCAUAGAGUCAUUUCCUAACCUCCAUCUGCCAAAUCUCACAGAACUGAAGAUUGUAAGUUGCAAAAACAUGAAGGCAUUUGGUGACCUGCAGCUACCAAAUCUAAGCUGGUGGAUGAUAUGGGAUUGUGAAAAUCUGGAGUCAUUUCCUGACCUUCAGCUAUCAAAACUCACCAUGUUAAAAUAUAUGACUAUCUCCAGUUGUCCAAUGAUUGAUGCUUCCUUUCCUCGUGGGCUUUGGCCUCCCAAUUUGGUUAGGCUUACAACAGGGGGGUUGAAAAAGCCCAUCUCAGAAUGGGGCUAUCAGAAUUUCCCACCUUCCCUUGUUGACCUAACAUUAUUCAAUGAACCUGAUGUGAGGAAUUUCAGUCAAUUGUCCCUCCUUUUCCCUUCUUCUCUUACAUCUCUAUACAUACCUGGAUUUGAUAAUCUGGAAUCAGUUUCAACGGGACUCCAACACCUCACAUCCCUUCAACAUCUCAGGAUUAGCUAUUGCCCAAAGCUGAACGAUCUACCAGAGACGCUGUUACCUUCACUUUUGAGUUUGAGAAUCAUUGAAUGCCCAAAAUUGAAAGAAAGGUGUGAAGGAAGAGGCUCCCACUACUGGCCCCGAAUCUCUCAUAUCCCCUGCAUCUACAUGACAUGGACGACAGUGACAUAUCCUAAAGGAUCUUCUGGGUGAUGGAACAUUCACAGUUGACCAGGUCAAAUUCAAGAACAGAGAAAAGUCUCAAGGUGUCAAUUUUCAGGGAAAGUAUCUUGAGUAAAGUGCAGUAACACUCGCGCAUAUAAUUACUGAAUCAGCUAAUAACAGACAAAGUGUCGAUGACACAAGUGAUUUAUUCAUGAAAAUCAGUUGGAUUCAAUAUUCAAAGUGAAGGUCUUAAGAAAUUGUCAAACAUCGGACCAGAGGCUAAGUUAAAGGAAAGGUUCAAAGUGCUUAAUGAUGGACAAGAUCAUUUCUGUUGAAGAAAGAAGAUAUUCUGCAAAUCAACAACACACAUCCAAAAUACUUCAUAAUUGGUGGAAAGGAGGCUGGCUACAUCUAUUUCCAUAAUUUGGUUCAUUUACAUGCUCUACAAACAUCCUGAGAUUCAAGAUAAGGUUCAAUAAGAAAUCAAAGAAGCAACAAACAUGAGAAACAAAUUCAAGAUAAGCUUCAUGUAACUUGGAACAAAACUCUCGCAAGUCUAUCCUGCAUCUCAGUGGUAUGCAACUCAAAUAUUCAGCAAUUUCUCAUUCUUUAACUUAACCAAGCCUUUGACUAAUCAACAUGGUUACUAGUAGUUGUUGGAGUCGUUCAAAAUGGAUCGGAUUGGAUCAAUCCAAAGAACUUUUUGUCUAAAUUUAUAUAAAAAUUAUUAUUAUUAUUAUUAUUAUUAAGUGAUAGGGAUGCGGAGCUAAUCCAUGAUCUAGCAGACUGCAGACUCGUAUUUGGUGCAACCAGACAAUUUGAAGUUAUACGAGGAUAAGUAAUGGACAAAUAUCUCAACAAGCCACACGCGUGGACAAAUGCUAUAGGAACUUAUAACUGAUGAAGAAUCAAUGGAGAUUACCUCUGACGGCAAGUUACCACUAAUGAGGAUUAUGGAACUAGCCUAUGAUGUCAAUUGUCAAGUUACCAUCUGAUGAAGAUUGAGGGAACUUACCACUGAAGCGAGUUACCUCUAGUGAAGAUUGAUGAAGUCUCGCUAAUGAAGAAGAGAUGCCACGUGUUAGCCUAUCAUUUGACGAAGACAAUCUGUUGAGAGGAUGUUAUACAUAAUUGUCACUUGUCAAUUCCGUACGUCUCAACAAGAAUAUAGAUACAUGAGUCUGCAUUGAUAUUAUUAUCACUUGACCCCAUAGUUUAAUGUGUGCAAAUUCAGAGAAAAUUUGCAUGUCACCCUCUUCAUAGCUAGAGCGUUAGCUAGAAAACCAUCUGUAAAUUCAAUUUUAAUUUAUAACUAGUUUUACAUGAUGUAUUGAAACAAUCGAUUUUGAUGAAUACCUUGUGCUUAUAGCAAUUGUUCUUCUA